AUGUCUCCCAAAAAACCCGCCGGCGGCUCGACGAAGGCGUCGGCCCUUUCGCCAUCCCCGUCUAAGGUGACCAAGUCCGAUGGCGCGGCUUCGAAGCGUCAGAAGCGCGACGGAAUCGCAGCCAACAACGCCUCGGCCACCCCUGCCGCAGCAGCCGCCGCCGCCGCCUCCCAGGACUACGGCUCGCACAUCAUCACGCAGCUCACGUACGCGGUCGACUUCCUCAAGUCGAAGGGCACGCCGAAGACGCUGCAGGAGAUCAUGGACCACCUGACCCUCCAGCACUAUCCGGAACACGUGCAGAAGUUCUUCGCGACGACCAUGCAGCGCCACUCGCGCAUGCAGUACCGCCCGGACCCGAAGGCCAAGUCGCUGCCCGAGUCGGAGCAGUGGCGCGCCGGCACCUACGAGUUCAAGCCGAUGCUGCCGGGCGUCACGUCCAAGGUGACGCUGCUCGAGUACCUGCAGAGCAAGACGGACGCCUCGGCCACCGAAGUCAAGGCGAUCAAGGACGGGUGGCCGAACUGCGACGAAGCGCUCAUGGAGCUCGAGGCCGAGCACAAGAUCCUGACGGUUCGAACCAAGAAGGAACAGACGCACAGAUUCGUCUGGCUCGACAACCCGGCUCUGCAUCAUAAGGUAGAUGACGAGUUCCGCGCGAUGUGGUUUAAGGAGCCGCUGCCGUCCGUCGAAGAGAUGCCCCGAAAGCUUAAGGCGCUUGGUCAGAAGGCGACUAGCGGUGGCACGAAGGCCAACGCGAAUGCCGGUCAGAAGGCCCCGCCCAAGCGCAAGAAGGCUUCGCGCGUGCAGAAGAAGUUCGAGAACGAACAUAUGCGGAGCAUCUUCGAACAGCACAAGCGUUAA